AUGGCUCCCACUAUGCAGUCGUCUACGACAGAAAUGGUGGAGCGGAAGGUGCUGGAGAUGGCCCAGCACGCUUCUUUUCAUCAGCACGUGUCGUACAACUUGAGCACAAUUCUCCACGCUUUCUCGGCAGGGAAAACCGACCCCACGGAGAUCGCCCAAGCUUUCAGCCGUGCGAGGGGGCUUGAGGUCAUCACCCGGGUGAUAUCAGGAGAACCUAUGGCGAAGCCGUCAGUCCUCAGCCUCUGCUGCCGAACGGCCGUCUGGGUGGUGGAUAAGUUCGGGUCGGGGGUUUCCCAUUCGCAAGGAGGUGGACUCGUGGAGGCCCUCGUCGGCCGCCUGGACCGUGGAGUUUCUGGCGAUGACGCGCAAACCGUCGAGUGCCAAGUGGAGUGCGCGCGUUUGAUGUCCUCGCUGGCCGGGCAAGCAGCCUCUCUGCUGAUCGACGGCGGGGCUCUUGGAGCGAUCGAGUGCAUGCUCGAGCAACUCGGUGGGAACCAUAGCUCCAUCAUGCGACCGUGCUGCGAGGCGUUGGAGCGCGUCAGCCGAACAGAAGAGGGGAGAGCUACGUUCGAGGAGAGGGGGACCGGCGGAGUUCUUCUCGCUACCAUCAGAGAUUUCCCGGAGGCGCUAGAGGAAGGGUCGGACGUAGCCCUAGCUUCCGCCCUAAAGGUCGUGGAGAGGAUUUUCACUGGCAAGUCCCCGGAAGCGUGUGCUCUUUCGCUCCGGGCUAAAUCAGAGGAGGAGUCCUGCGACGACCCCCACCGCCCCACCUUCAGCGACUACGACAACUGCGUGGAGACGGUGUUGACUGUUGUGGAGGCAACGCCCGAGGCACCUGGUGCGGCGGCCGCGACUUGUUUGUGGUGGCUGUCCGGCGCGAGCAGCAAGGCUCCGGAUCGGGCGCUGUCCGCGAUUCUGGCGGCAGCCGCGGUGGCCGAUGGCACCGAGGCAACCAACGAGGCAAGGGAAGCGGAGAAAGCAGCCGCUCAGUUGCUGGUAUCGGCGGAUGUUUGGUCCUGGUUCUCUCGAGGGGACGGCGGAGAAGGAGACGUACAAGAGGAGGGUGAGAAUGUUCCACCGGCGAGGCCCGUCGAAGGAGCCCGCUUUCUCGCGGCGCUGUGCCUGUGCCGCCCGGGACUCGAAUGCCUCGAGGCUGCGGUAGAGAGGGAGUCGCCAAGACGCGUGGCAGAGGCGCUCGUGACGUUGUGCGAGUCCGCAGACCCGCUCCUGGCCCGAGCCUGCUUCCGUAUUAUCGAGAGGCUGGCGAAAGGGGGCACCGGGCCGCAGGUCUUCGUGGACGCUGGGGCACUGGCGGCGGCCGCCGUGGCCGGGGCGCUGUUCGAGGUGGAAGAAGAUGCGGAGACGGUGGAGGAUGCCGAGGCCCACGCGAUUGCUGCCGCGCUGGGGGCUGUUGCGACUCUGGCGGACGCCGGCGGUAAAGACGCCCGGCCGGUGGUUGACGACGCGUUCCAGCUGUCGGUGAGGUGCCUCGCGAGAGUCGGGGAGUACUCGGGGCGACCAGCCGCCGCUGCGGCGAAGUCGGCCCUGGAUGUUAUCACAGUUCGGCUGACUCGGCCUGAUCGGCCAAAGGGCGCCGCGGGUGUUCGCGGCGGUGGCGCCGCCGCCGGCCCCGCACCGGAAGCUGGAGGCGCCGUUGUUGAAAACGACGAAGGCGGUGGCGACACUGACAAGGCUGUCUCGGGAGCACCUGGGGACGCGAAAGUCGAAGAUGCUGCUGAAGAUGUAGACACGCCGAUGGAAAUCCUUAAGGACGCCGGGGCUAUUCUGGCUGUGAUGAAGGCGCACUCUACAGACGCUCGGGUGCAGCAGUCCGGGUGGAGAUCGUUGAUCGCGAUGGACACGGGGAGGGGGGACGUGGAGAAGUUUUGGACUGGCGUCGGAGACGGGCCGCAGAGCAGGCGGCAGAUGCUGAGGGACUGCCUGGAGAGGCACGGCGGAGACAGCUUGGUAGCCGGACAGGUGGCGGACAUCUUGGAGGGGUUGGUGCUUCAAGGGGACUCGGCAGACGGGGACGGUAGCAGCUUGACCGCCUCACUGUCCGAUGCACCCGGCGAAGAGUCUCCCCGCCUGCCGAGCGAUCACGAAGAGGCCGAGGGGGGCGACGAGGAUGACGCGUCGGAACACGUCAAGAGCGGGGGAGGCGACGAAGCUUCUCCCGGCGAGAGCGGUCCUCCGGAGGAAGAUCAAAACGCGGCGGAAGAAGAAAGUUCUCAGGACAACAUCAAACACUCAACAGAUGCAGCACACCAGCAAGAGGUGGAACAGGUCGUCAACGGAGAAGACGAAGACAAGGACGGCGGCCUAGAGGUCCCCGGGGACAAGGGAGACGUGCCGGAGGACAAGGGAGCGGAAGUUGAGGGUGGAGAUGAGGCUACCGCCGUGGCAGAAGCAUCUGAAGGUGCUGGCAACGCUGAUGGCGGCAGCGAUCCGCUGGGCGAUGCCGAAGGAAAGAGCGAGACGUUGUUGCCGGAAGACGUCUUGAUCGAGAUCGGCCUGAUUGGCACGAAGACUCUCGAGGGAGGGGGCUCCUCUGGGUCGUCGGACAGUUCUCGCACCGCCUCUGUUGUGGCAGCGGUGGCAGAGGACGCCGUGACUGGCGAAGGUAGUACGACGAGACCGAAUGUGGCGCGUUCCCUGUUCGGGUCGAACGGCCAUGCCAACGACAAGAACAGCGCGGCUGGUGACACGGUGGAGGCAGAGAAGCCAGAGGCAAAGGCAGACUGCAGCUUGAACGCUUCGGUGGUAGUGCCAUCGAAGGAAGAGCUCAAGCUGCGGAGGAGCUGGGCCAAGCUCGAAACGCUCCACAGCGACAUUGUCGGGCGCUCCCAGAUCCUGGGAGGGGAGAGCGCGCCAAUGGUGGCCGCGAUGGCUGAGCCUAGCGUGCUGAAGGAGAGAGUUAGCGCUCUGCUAGAAGAGACGGAAAGUGGUGAUUCGAGGGACGCGUUCGCGGCUGCGUCGUUGGCGCUGGUAGGAGCGCUGACGGCGGCGACAGGGGCCCUGAACAACUCCCAGAAGGAGGUUCAGAGGUACUUGGCCAUGUCUCGUGAUCUCCGCGUAACGUCGACGUGGACCGACAUAUCUGAAGCAAUGCAGUGGACGAUGGACUCGUUGAAGGGCACGGUCAUCCUCUUCACCCCGCACACGGCGGGCGGCCUCACCAAGGCGUUAGGCCUCUGCAAGAACAUGGAUUCAGCUCUCAAGCUGUUCAAGGAAGCGGCUCUGCAGAUUAAGAUCAUCGUGGUCGAGCUGGCAGGAGAGCACGAGCCCAAUACGGUUUGGAGGGUCAACCAGUCGUUGUUCAAGGGCCUCCCGGAGAACCGCAAAGUGAUGACGCUGAGGCACCUGAGGAGUCUGGUGGUAGCGUACGACCAUCUGAGCGAUGAGAUGAGGAGAGACCUGACGACCGCGCUCGAGAUCAUCAAGAACAGGGAGGUUUUGAACAUGAUGGGUAAGUACUGCAUCCAGGCGGAAGCGGCAGAGGAGAAGAGAUGGGAAGCGAAACUCGCUACCGCUGACGAGAGACUCAAAGUCGGACGACGCCCCUCAGACAUGCUAGGGUCAAGUGUCCGAAAGGCUCGUCUUCGAAGCGCUCUUCACCAAGCAUCGUGCUUGGGAAACGGAACACGCCAAAGCAUCACCCCGGGAAGACGUUCGCCACCCAUGGGCAUCCGUGCCUCCUUCUCCGAACCUUCCCCGCCAUCCCUAGCCAGGGGGGGCCUUGGCACCCCCACCACCACCACGCCGGUGCGCAGCAACGGCGCGGCCGAAUCCCCGGGCAGCGGAGGCAGCAACGGUGGCAACAACGUGGGCGGUAGGGCGUCCCCUCCGUUAGGGAGCGGCAGCCGUAAGGCGCCGCUCAUUACCCCGAGAUCCGGUCGGUCGACGGCCACUCCCCCAGGGGGCGUCGGCGGUUCCGGGAUACCGAGGGGCGUGGCGUCGCACUCUCGGCGGCGGGAAUCGUUUGCUGUCGAGGCAGAGGCUGGGUCGUCCGCAAUGGAAGAUCGCCGCUCGAGAUCUCCCAUGUUCAAGCGCAGACCCGCGGGCGGGAGGUCCAAGUCCCCGGUGACCGCUAGGGUGAGGGGCACCAGGCGGGUGUCGAGGUCUCUCACGCCGAGGUAGAAACUCCUCCACCGUCUGCAGCAGCGGGUGGCCAUGCUGAUGCCACCCGACUUCGCUUCUGGUACAUGCUGAACUAGUGGUUGUGAUUUUACAAGAAUAUUGUGCACGAAGAUUUCUCGGAGGCUUUUUCGCGCCAGUGCUACUGCUGGAGGUCUGGACCGAAGAGAGUGUCGUUUUGUACUGUACAUGAGAGGCUGGAGGUUUUGAUUGCAAGUAUCGCUUGGAUCGUGGCCAUGGCUCUCUGCCUUUUGAGGGAGAGCCUUUUGAAGGAGUUGCAACGUGCAUGUACCUAGCGAGACUGGUGUUGGCUUUGAUUUUUCCAACUUUUUGCCGGCAUUAAACGCCGUGCGCGGGGCAGGCAGGGUACAUGUGGGUCAUGAUGGAUACCGCUCGAAAACAUGUGCGUGUCCGAACGCACGAACGAUUCAUGAGUGUUGAAUUUUUAUGCUCUACCAAGGUAACGCGGAGUUCAGCCUCUGUUCCAGGAACGGAAUGAUAUGUUCAUUCUCCAUGUCAUAAUACUACUGGUCAGGGGGAACUGAGGGCGUGCAGGAGUGCUAUACUCGCGAGGUUGUCCCAUGUAGGGUGUCUGGUUUUCCUGUCCUCAGGUUGUUUCGACGAAGAGGCGAGCACCUUAGCGGCGCUGGGGGUAGUGUUGUGUGGUUGGAAGCAGCUUACAAAAUAGGUUGUGCGUUAUAGAUGUGUUUUCGAAGCGGUCGAUUUUUGGAUAUCGUUGUCCUUGGUUUUGAUAAGGCAUUGGCAGGCAGUCGAUGUACGGCGACACUUCACAUCUCUCUCUCUUUUGGUUGUGUGUUUCUGUGUCUUGUGUCGUGUUUGUUGUCAGAGAGCUCUGACGAUGAACACGCGCAUUUGAGGUGGUGGACCGCGCAAAGGAGCAAGUAAUUAACAUCGUUGGGUGCGGUAGGGGCAGUCUGGGCGCCUCUGUUGAGUUCAUGUGAUUGCGGCAUUAAGGACGGCAGCAGUGUUUUACGAGAUGGCGUCGUACUGCACUCGUUCUGCCGCGGUUGUUUGACACUUCACAUUCUCUCUCUUUUGGUUGUGUGUUUCUGUGUCCUGUGUCGUGUUUGUUGUCAGAGAGCUCUGACGAUGAACACGCGCAGAUGAGGUGGUGGACCGCGCAAAGGAGCAAGCACCCCACAUCGCUGGGUGCGGUAGGGGCAGUCUGGGCGCCUCUGUUGAGUUCAUUUGAUUGCGGCAUUAAGGACGGCAGCAGUGUUUUACGAGGUGGCGUCGUACUGCACUCGUUCUGCCGCGGUUGUUUGUUGUG